ACACCGCUAUCUCGUAAAAAUUGAGUGCGGCUUUUGCCGGGAAAUAGAUAAACUCCACCUUAAUUACGAAACGCCAUCUAAAUUACGAACUCCUCCUUCCUACAAUAAAAUUAAGCCAUUGACAGAUAUGCUGACAGAAACUGAAACUGAAACAGUAACCCCUCCAUCGCCACUAAGGUAUGCUCGUGUGCAAUCGUUUGUGGCGUCAUCGUUUUUCUCCAAAUUGGCUCACUUGAAAUUGAAUGAAUUCAAAUUAGAUGACUCGGCUAUACCAUUACGAGCAUUCAUUAGUCCAGCCGACAAGUUAACUAGACAUCAUACUAAUCCGAUAAUUCUGUUAGAUUUCGAAGCAUUUGUUGAGUGGAAGUCUGAUGAGCCCAAUGUUUUAAUUGAUGGAGAAAUCAUCAAUCUUAAUACGCUUGAAGAGUUCAGAAAGUAUCCCAAAUCAGAUAUCUUGAAGAGAGCAGCCGAAGAGAUUCAUAAAAAUAUUGUAGAAUUAAAGGAUACUCGAUUUCAAACUAUCAAUAAGUUUUUCAUCUUGUCAUUUUCCGAUUUGAAGAAGUAUAAGUUUUAUUAUUGCGUAGCCACCCCCACAUUAAAUUCCCCAUGGAAUAUAGCUGGUAACGCUGAUUCUGAAAUUGUAUUGCUUGAUCCUAUAGAUUUCAAUAGCUUAUCCAAACAGGAGCAUUUCUUUCAGUUAGUCGACAAUGAAUUGCAUGAUAUAAAUUUUUUUGCAUCUGAUAAGGGUAAUACAUUUGUAUUUAUUGAUACAUGCUUGAGUCCUCAUAAGAUUCCUUCAAUCCAUGUUAAGAAUUAUUUAUUUUUGCUUGCGGAACAUGGAUUUACCCAAAUCAAUUUACUCGUGUAUAGACCGCGUGGUGAGAACUUUGGCUUAAAGUUACAAUUAGAUCCUAGCUUUGAACGAGGAUCUGUACCUAAAUUUCAAGGUUGGGAAAGGAAUGUUGAGAAUCAAUCCAUUCAGAAAAUUGCAGAUUUGGCUUAUUCUAUAUCUCCUGAAAAGCUUGCAGAACAAGCUGUAGAUCUUAAUUUAAGAUUAAUGAAAUGGAGAAUUGCUCCUACAAUAGAUCUUGAUAUUAUUAGUAAUCAAAAAGUAUUAAUAUUAGGAUCUGGGACUCUUGGAAGUUACGUUUCUCGAGCAUUAAUGGCAUGGGGGAUUAAAGAAAUAACAUUUGUUGAUAAUGGUCGGGUUUCAUAUUCCAAUCCAGUUCGGCAACCAUUAUUUAAAUUUCGUGAUUGUUUUAGUGACGAUGGACAAGGAGAAUGGAAAGCAUUACAAGCAGCUCAAGCACUUACUGAAAUCUAUCCUGGUGUUAAAUCACGAGGUUUUAAUUUACAAGUACCUAUGAUUGGACAUCCAAUAACAGAAGAAGAUAAACAGAGAACAAAUUUUGAGACAUUAAGUAAAUUAUUUGAUGAAAACGAUGUAAUUUUUUUACUUAUGGAUUCACGUGAAUCACGAUGGUUACCUACAUUGUUAGGAGUAGCUAAGAAUAAGACGGUUAUUAAUGCUGCAUUAGGUUUUGAUAGUUAUUUGGUAAUGAGGCACGGUAGUAGAAAUCAAUCAGCGGAUACAAGAUUAGGGUGUUACUAUUGUAAUGAUGUAGUGGCACCUACUGAUUCUCUUUCAGAUAGAACAUUAGAUCAAAUGUGUACAGUUACUAGACCAGGAGGAGCAUUAAUAGCUUCAAGUUUAGCUGUAGAGUUGCUUGUUUCUGUAUUACAAGAUAAAGAUAAAGAAUUAGUCAGUCAUGAUCAUGUUUCAGAUGUAGGAACUUCUCCUCAUCAGAUAAGAGGGUCAUUACGUAAUUUCCUGCAGAGUCUGUUAUAUGUUCCUAAUUAUAAGUAUUGUUCAGCCUGUUCUGAUGCAGUAGUCGAAGGAUACUUAAAGGAUGGAUGGACGUUCAUUAGAGAAUGUCUCAAUGAUGCGAAAUAUUUGGAGGAAGUUAGUGGGUUAGCAGAAGUUCAGAGACAAGCGGAUAUAGCUAGUGAAGAAUUGAUGAAGCAGAUGGAUGAGCUAGAUCUCGAUGACGAUGAACUUGAAUUUUUUGUAUGAGUCUAUAGUACCUUAAUGGAAUUGUUAUUAACAUUCUGUUCUGAGUGUAGACGUAUUAAGUGUAGA